CCAAAGAGAAGCCCACUGAGUAUAUUAUACCCGACCCGGUUCCUUCCUUGACUGUCCUCACAGCAGUCAGCGCUACAGCAGAAGUAUUGUAGCUUGAUUACUCCUUCACUGCUCUCCGGUGUCUAAUUCUUCUCAGAUAAAGUUUGAAUCUUGAUACUUUGGUGCAGAAAUCAAGAAAAUGCCUUCUCUUCAAACAGCUCUGCCUCCUGAACUUGCCAACAAUGCUCUGAGACUUUAUCGGGAAUGCCUCAGACGAGCUAAGUAUGUUGGUUCUCAACAACAUAAUACACCUCUUGUUGUGGAAAUGGUACGAAAUCAGUUCAAAAGAGAUAUGCAUGAAACCGAUCCAGAAAAGAUUCAGCAAAUGAAAGAUAAUGCUGCAAGGGGACUUAUCAAUCACAUGCUAUUUGAGACAGAGAAGAUGUCCGGUCGUAAGUUUACCCAGUCUGUUUAAUGUGUAUACCAAGCUUGGGUGGUAUGGAUCUUAAGAUUUUCCAGUCAUUCAAUGGAAUGAAUAAAAAUAUCUUCUAAGAUCCAUUCGUGUUUAUUUCUAAAGAGCAAAGAGCUGUCUAAUUUUGCAUGUUCAUUUUGUCUUCCUAUGUUCAGCAAUUUGGCUAUAAGCGAGUGACAGUAUGUAUGCUUCUAUACCUUAACUUAUGCUGUUACCUAUGGUAUCAACUGAGAGCCAUUUUUGUCUGAAACGUAACUAAUUAUUCUACGUGUGGUCAUACUUUAUGUGCA